UGGCCAGAAAUUCUUUCAAAAUCAUGCAGUUUUUCACCAUUCUGAGCACUUUUUAUGUGAUUUUGGCCAUCUUUGGACCAAAAUUAUCGAAAGUGAGCCCCCCUGGAAUUUUCCGAAAAGUGAACCCCCCUUGGCAAAUCCUGGCUACGGGCCUGCAAAUAUAACUGACAUAACAUACUUUUUCUUUCUAUCUGCAGAGCAAGAAUGAGAGUUAAGGCUGUGAUAGUCAAAAGUGUCAUUUUGACAGUUCUGGUUUUAUUCAUCCUUACCUGUAUUAGCAACUCCAUGGGGAAUUUAGACCUUCGAGCUCUUGAAAAGACAAUGUCAAAACAGAUUCAUGACGAAAGAUUAAAUAGUCCUGAAGAACACUUUAAGAACACAUUGGAUUUUAAAGAACAAGGGAGUACUCCACAACAAAGGCUGGAGAGCAAUAUAGCACGAGAGACAAAACCUAGAGGCAUAUUUCAUUUGAAAGUAUACAAGGCAGGGAGUACCACACUUCAAGUUAUGUUUAAUCAAUAUGCUGAUAAAUAUGACCAAAUUGUUGGAAGGCCAUGUAGUAAUUCUGGUGUUGAAAGACACUUGGUAGGAUGGCCCGAACCAUUCAAACCAGAACAUCUAAUCCCUCUGAGUAAAAACACAUAUUUGGAACAUCUAAAUGAACACAUAAAAUACAGUUCAAAAAUCAAACAAGUUAUGGCCCCAGGGAGUGUAUUCGUCACAUCAAUACGAGAACCAGUUUCGCAUUUCUAUUCAUGUUAUAAUUUUUACUACAUGAAGAACACAUAUGAAAGAUAUCUUAAAGGGCCUAAUAAAUUCAAAUAUUUUUUAAAUAAUGUUAAAACUAUGCCACACCUUGGACUUAAGAACCACAUACCUUCUAGUAACGUAAUUGCACAAUGUUUUGGAAUCAAACAGGAGGAACAAUAUAACAUCAUAGCAAUACAAGAAAAAAUCAAUGAAAUUGAAAAGGAGUUUGACUUAGUGAUAGUGGUUGAGUAUUUGGAGGAAAGUCUGAUUUUGCUGACCGAAUGCUCUGAUUUAACAAUUGAAGAUGUAGUCAUUCUCAGAAAUGCUAACGUUAGGAAUGUUCAGAAAUUCAAGCCGACUUUAACUCCUAAUGAAUACGAGAACCUCAUCCAAUGGAACUUAGCAGACUCAAUGAUAUACAAUCAUUUCAACAAAACUCUGUGGAGAAAGAUUGAUGAGUUUGGUCGUCAUAAUAUGGCUUUAAAAAUCCAAGAACUCAAUAUAGCUAAAUCACUAAAGCAGAAAGAAUGCCACUCGGAAAGCUCAGAUUUAAAAAUAAAACAUUACUGUAUGUUAUCAAAACUGGGACAUGAAGCUGCUGAUACAUAUUUCAGGAAAAAGAUGACUGAGCGAGGAAUCUAUGAUAUUCAAAAGGCUCAAACAUCCUGUAAAUAUCCUCCAGGCAAACAAGGGGAAUAACUUGAUUUUGUGAGAAAACGUAAACACGGUGUGGUGUUUAUAUCAUUAUGUAUUAGUCAUUAGUCGGCGACGGAUAUUUUAGACCUUUUGAGGUACCAAAGGUGUUUUAUUUACUGUUGUAAAGGGAGCAGUCUUGCAAUGUCUUAAAUUAUAAUAGUAAUGAAACAAAGUACCUAUUCCAUGUAAGAAAA